AUGGAAUUUAUGAGAGUUUAUUGGGCAAGAAGAGGAUUUACGAGUGACUGCAAUAAUAGCAAGGUUUACGUAGAUGAAUGUGUAGUAGAUGAAAGUGUAAUUAAAGCAGUUAUAACAAACAAACUAUUGUUUAAAAAUAUUAUAAAAGCUGGUAGAGGGACUCGGAAUGUGUUUGAAUGUUACAACUACACUUCUUUGACUAGUGUUGAAUGGAUCAUUAAAAAUCAGUACUAUGGUCUACUUGAAUGCAAACUAAAGAGAAAUGACCAUUUACACUUUUCACUCGAUUCAAUUAGAAAGAUAUGCAAUAAUAUCAAUGACAUGAAACUCUUUAAUCUCAUUUAUGAGAAAAAGAGAUCAUUGUUCUUUUCAGACACUCUUUUAGAGUGUGCUGCAACUUCUGGGAAUACAAAAGUAUUCAAGAUAUUGCUUGACCAGACUGUUCCAAAACAAUUGGAUCUCUAUCAUCAACCAAGCUUGUUGGUUUAUUCUAUCGAGGGUCUAGAUCAAUUUUCUCGAUACCCGAGAGAGCACCAUCCAUGCCAUUCAUUAAACAAAGCAAUCAAUGGAUGUCACAUUGGUAUCUUUGACUUGAUAGUUGGUAGUAGAGGUAUUGUCGAGAUUGAGAAACUUUUCUCACUUCAAUCAAAGAUAUUGAUAAACGACUCGAAAAGAAUCUCUUCAUUCUUGGAGUAUUUGUACAACUUUAUCGAAACCAAACUGCUCCCCAUAAUUCCAAACAAAACUAUAGUUUGCAUUGCAAUGAAAUUUGUUUCGCCUCUCCUUUUUCCACUCCUCAAAUCAAACAACCUAUCAUUGAUCAAGAAAUAUUCUGACAAUUUCAAAGACAACAAUAUGAUCUUGUAUUAUGAAAAAGUCUUUUUGGAUUGGAUGGAUACACUGAGAUAUCUAACACUAGAGGAUAAUAUUAUGGAUGAUGAUGGCAUAUUAGAGAUAAUUGAGUGGAUUCUAUGGGAAAACAGGAUACCUCAAAGUCAAGAGAUUAUUGAUAAUGCUCAUGCUCUCAGUUCAUCCCUUACAAGUUUAAACAAAAAAGAGAAAAGAUUUAUUUGUUUUGCUUUUUACUUUAACAAAUUGUCAAGGGGAUGGUGGCAUCCCUUUAAAAGUGAUCUUAGAAAUGAUCAAUUCCCAUUACUUGACAUGUACACCAAAUACUAUGAACAAACAGUUCAAGAGAAAAUGUGGAUAGAGGAUGAUUCUAGUUUUAUCCAAUCGUUGGGAGAGGAAAUCAAUUCAUUUAUACUUUUCUUUGCAAAGAGUAUACAUAAUGAAGUGGAUUUUUUUCUCCAAAAAGAUGUAGCUCUUUAUCGUUGUGCAUGGGUCAUGAUAUCUAGAGACGACAGUACACAUUACUUUGGUCAGAGAAUACCAUUCAAAAGCCUCAAAAUAAUGAAGUUCUGUCAACAACGAGACAGAUCAUUCCACCACAGUUUUCAAGACUUUACUAUGGCAAUUAAAAGACAAGACCUCGAAAUGAUCGAGUAUCUCAUUCAAGUCAAUAGAACAGAAAUCAUUGCAGAUGCUAAUAAGGAACUAAUCAAGAAUGGUUCAUGUGUCUUGAUAUUGGCCUACACUGAAUACUUUAACGAGGAUGUUGCAAAGCUUCUAUAUGAAAACAUCAAAAUAACUCUUCCAACAGGGCAAAAUAGGGAGAGGUAUUCUUUUUCAAGCCUCAAUGCAAUUAUUUUCUACAACACCUAUAUAAACCCUGGCCUCAAAGAUAUGAAAUUUGAUUAUACAAAUGAAGAAGAUUUACCAAUCAUACAGUACUUUUUCACCAAUUCUCAAUCACCAUUGGAUGAAAAUAUGAAACAUGUCAUCGAUAAAGCCUGUGGAUAUGCUGGUGGUCACUUGUCAAUAGUUCAAUACUUUUUUGAAAAUCAUUUCUAUUCAUUAAAAUUGGAUGGUGUAUCCUGUUCAUAUUUAGAUGAGGCAUUUUAUCGUGGUCACAUGGCAAUAGUAAACUAUCUCGUCAGAGAAAAGAACCAAUAUUUUGGACAAAGACCCUGUAAAAUUGCUGGCGUCAUCUGUGACAAUGACAUUUUAGAUUUCGUACUUGACCAUACAAAAGAGAAAAAAUCCUCCAUCAUCAAAGAAGCAAUUCUAGGUGGAGUGUACCAUUGUGUUGCACAUAUUCAUAAUCACCAAAUAUCAAUUCCUUAUGCUUUAGAAGACUAUACCUACACUGAUCAAGCAAGUUUAUUAAAAUUUAUUAUUGACAAUACCAAUUUUAAUGUUGGACAAGAGAAAGAUUCAAAUUCAUCAUCGUCAUUAUUAUUUAAAACAAAAUUAAAAAGGCCAGAGGUUUUAAGCAAACUUGUCAAUACAUCUAUUAGAGAAGGAAUGGAUAACUUUGAUCUUUCCAUUCCUCCAACACUUUAG